AGCGAGGCUUCCGCCGACACAAUAGCGACCGUGAUAACCUUGGUUUGGUUUUCGUUUAAAAGUCACGGAUUGUUGGAAUCCUUGGGCAUGUCGUCGCUUCAGCGUGUUAAUCGGUUGUUUGGGAACACAGGUGUUAUUUCAAGGCAUGCAAGUUCAGGAAAUGUUGCACUGAGGAAAAUCUUAGAUAAUGACAUUGCUUCCAUCAAAAAUGCCGGCUUAUGGAAAAGGGAAAGAGUAAUCACAACACCACAGGCUUCUCAGAUCAAAGUGGAAGGAAGAAAAAGCAAAAUACUGAAUUUCUGUGCCAAUAACUACCUUGGACUUUCUUCAAAUGCAGAAGUGGUAAAUGCUGCCAAAGAAGCUUUGAUGAAGUAUGGAAAUGGACUUAGCUCUGUUAGAUUUAUCUGUGGAACACAGGACAUUCAUAAAACAUUAGAGGCUAAAAUAUCCAAGUUCCAUGGGAUGGAGGAUGCAAUCCUGUAUGCAUGCUGCUACGACGCAAACACUGGACUGUUUGAAAGUCUCCUCACUGCCGAAGACGCUGUUUUCAGUGAUGAGCUGAAUCAUGCAUCUAUGAUAGAUGGUAUCAGACUUUGCAGAGCCAAAAAAUUCAAGUACAAGCACAUUGAUGUACAAGAUCUAGAAGAAAAACUGAAGGAAGCUGAUGGAGCAAGAAUAAAACUUAUUGCAUCAGAUGGUGUUUUUAGCAUGGAUGGAUCCAUGGCACCACUUCCGGAGAUCUGUGAUCUGGCAGAUAAGUAUGGUGCACUUGUUUUCAUUGAUGAGUGCCAUGCAACUGGCUUUCUUGGUGAUACUGGGAGAGGGACUGAUGAGUAUACAGGUACCAGAGGUCGUGUGGAUAUCAUCAAUUCAACACUUGGAAAGGCCCUUGGUGGGGCAGCUGGUGGUUACACUACCGGCCCCUCACAGCUGGUGCAGAUGCUGAGGCAGAAGUCACGUCCUUACUUAUACUCCAACACUCUCCCACCUGCAGUAGUGGGCAGUGCAACCAAGGUGCUGGACAUGCUGAUGGAUGGUUCAGAACUGUCUAAGAAACUUGCAGAUAACACGAGCUACUUUAGAACCAAGAUGACUCAAGCAGGCUUUAAUAUCAAGGGAGGGGCUAAUGGCCAUCCAAUUACACCAAUAAUGCUUGGUGACUCAAAACUAGCCAUGGACUUUGCAAACGAAAUGCUAGAGCGUGGAAUAUACGUAGUUGGGAUUGUGUAUCCUACAGUCCCUAGAGGCACAGGAAGAAUUCGCGUUCAGCUCUCUGCAGGCCACAGCAAAGAAGAAAUUGACACCUGUGUCCAGACAUUCAUUGACGUUGGUAAAGAUAUGGGGGUUCUCCAGUGACUGGACACAGUCCCCUUCCUCCAUCGUUAGACCUCCAACCCAAACUGACCUCAGAGGUAAAGGUUAGAUGAAUAAAAAAAAUUUGUCAUUAGGUCAUAGGCAAGGAGUUAAAGGUUAGAUAAAUAACAAUAAUUGUCAUUAGGUCGUAGGUAAAGUAAAGCACUUGUAGAACAAGCAUGAAUAUGAUAUCCAAUAUGGUAUCCAAACUUGAUUUUACUGAUUGAAGAUCUAAUGAUCUAACGAAAAAGUGAGCUUUGGUAUAUAGAAUUGAAUUAGAUCAUGGUCAGCUUCUAAGCUAACAGUCUUCUAAGCAAAGAACUCUGGGAACUUACAGACACCUUGUCAAGAAUCACCAUGUUGACUUCUCUAUUAGAAACGCUGUAUUUCAACUAAGAAGACAAUUCGUAUUUUUACGAUAUCUGUGCCAGAAUUAAUUUUACUAUUGUAACCAGUUUUAUUGUUAUUUAUGUGUCAUAUUUCACUAUUUUUGGGGGCACAACCUCAAGUUUUUCUUUAAUUUAUUUUAUCAAAGAAGAGAUACAAUGCUAAGCAACUAUUUAAGAAACAGAUUUGUAUCUGUUGGAAAUCUAAAUUAAAUUGAGGGCCUUUUAAUAAGUUGCCAGUUGCCACUACAGGCUGCGGCAAUGAUAACGUUUGAUAAGCAAAAUGUAAAAUAUGGCACAAUAAUAAAAAUUAGGCACUAUAACAAGAUAGUUAAGUUGAAGUAAUUAUAUUUCUGUGUAGAAAUAAUGAUGGGAAAAUGUGGAAUGAAUUGUUUUGAUAAAAA